AUGCCUGGGAUGCAUGAGCUCCGCCAGCCUGAGAGAGUCUUUCACGAUCCAAGAGAGGAUGAGGGUCUGAUGGAGGCACAGUUCAUUUGGGAUGAGGAGGAGGAGCAGAUGAAGGAAGGAGAUGCAGCAUCCUCCUCCUCCUCUCUCCCGGUCUGGGGCACCCUGGAGGAGGUGGCUGCUGCUGCAAUAUCCAGUCUCCAGAGUCCUCUGGGUGUCUUCCCCUCUCCCACUGCCAUGGCUUCCACUCUUGGGAGCCAAUCUGAAGACAAUGGCCUCAGCAGGCAAGAUGAAGUGCCAAAUACCUCGUGUGAGCAGGAAGAUGCCAGGUCCUCCCUCCGAGAUGCACUAUGGGAGAUGAAAGCUAACCUGAUAAAGUUCCUGCCCUUCAAGUAUCUAGCUAAGGAGCUGACCUCCCAGGCGGAAAUACUGAAGAAGGUCCUCAGGGAUAACCAGGAGCACUUCCCGGUGGUCUUCAGCCAAGCCUCGCAUUGCCUGGAGCUGGUCUGUGGUGUGGAGGUGAAGGAGGUGGACCCCAGGGAGCACAUCUACAUCAUGGUCCCCAAUCUGGGCCUCACCUAUGAUGUGAUGCUGAGCAGUGGGCAGAGCAUGCCCAAGGCCGGCCUCCUGGUGCUGAUCCUCAGCCUGAUCAUGCAGAAUGGAGACCGCGCCCCUGAGGAGAAGGUCUGGGGAGCACUCAGCAGAUUGGGUGUGUGUGUCGGGAGUGUGCACUGUGUCUUUGGGGAGCCCAGGACACUUCUGACACACGUGUGGGUGCAGGAGGGGUACCUGGAGUACCGGCAGGUGCCUUACAGCUACCCUGCUCGCUAUGAGUUCCUGUGGGGUCCCCGGGCCUAUGCGGAGACCAGCAAGCGGGAAGUCAUGGCAUUUCUGCUCAGGAUCAAAGAAAGGGCUUCGAGGGCCUUCCCACCCCUGUCUGCAGAGGCUGCAAGGGAGGAGGAUGAGGCUGCCUGA